AUGCCUCCAUCUUCCGAUGAUGAGGUCAAUUACCCACAGAGAAACAAUGAGCUCACAUUCAAACCAAUUGAUUCCAUAUAUGAAGAUAGGCUACGACAAUUCAUCGAUAGCAAUGGACACUAUAAGGACUUGAUGCUACCGAAGUUUUAUACGAAGCAAUUUUUAUACUACAAGGAUAAACCCAAAUUGAACUCAGAUGAUGCCAGCUACUUGACCUUGAAGCAUUGGGCAGCACCUGGUUUAACAAAACCUCUAUUUGCAGAGGUGAUUCCUGACAAAUUAAGUAAGUUCACCAAGUUCAAUGCUGGACAGACUUUUGGACCUGCAUGGUCGUCGCACUGGUUUCAGGUGGAGCUGAAAGUUCCGAAGUCCUUUGUAGAUGAGGACGAGCUUUGGUUUGUUUGGGAUGCUGGAUGUGAAGGGAUGGUCUUUAACGACAAGGGGCUUCCCUUGCAAGGGUUGACCGGAGCUGGUGAGAGGAUCGUUUUCAUCCUUCCAAAAGAGUGGUACUCUUCAGGUGAAGCUUACACUUUUUACUUGGAAAUGGGCUGUAAUGGUAUGUUUGGAUCCACAAAGCCAGAAUAUAAACUCUCAGUUGUUGAAGUGAGAGUUCCAAACUUGGAAGCACACGCUCUAUACUACGAUUUUUUGAUUUUGAGUGAUGCGGCCAGAGAGGAUGGCCCACCUCAGAAGUACAAGGCUCGUGAAAUUUGCAAUAGAAUCAUGGAUACUUUUGACUCUGACGAUGUCAACUCCAUUUCUCGUUGCAGAGCAAUUGCUUCAGAAUUUUUGGGGUGCAAUGUCGAUUCGGAGUCUGUGUUUAAGGAAUCCAAAGCAUCUACAUACAGUUCUGUGUUUGCUAUCGGAAAUUGUCAUAUCGAUACUGCUUGGUUGUGGGAUUUUGCCACGUCAAAAACUAAGAUUGCCCGUAGUUGGUCAUCGCAACUUCGUUUAAUUGAAAAGUAUCCCGAGUAUGUGUUUGUUGCUUCUGCAGCCAUCCAUUUCAAAUGGUUGCUGGAUUACUAUCCGGAUUUAUAUGAGAAAGUGAAAUUGGCGGUGAUGCAAGGUCGGUUUAUUCCCCUCGGAGGAGCGUGGGUUGAGAAUGAUACCAAUAUCCCAAGCGGUGAAGGGCUUGCUCGCCAAUUUAUUCUUGGUCAGCGUUAUUUCGAACAUCUAUUUGGAUUUAGAAGUAAUAUUUAUUGGCUUCCUGAUUCCUUUGGAUAUUCCAGUCAGAUUCCUCAGAUUUGCCGAUUGGCUGGUAUGCCGAACUUUUUAACUCAAAAGUUGUCCUGGAACAAUGUGGACGUGUUUCCAGACAGUUCAUUCAACUGGGUUGGUCUUGACUACUCUCAGGUCCUUGUUCAUAUGCCCCCUGAUAACACCUACACUGCUGAUGCUAAUUUUGGUGAUGUUAAGCGUUCCGUUCAGAAUCACAAGAACUUGUACAGUGACCAGAAGGGCAUGUUGUUGUACGGCAAGGGUGAUGGCGGUGGUGGCCCAACUCCUGAAAUGCUGGAAAAACUCCGGAGAAUUAGGGGUUAUGCAGAUCAUGCAGGUGGAUCGAUGCCUUCAGUGAAUGUUGGAUGCACUGUCAAUGAAUUUUAUGAUCAGUUGCGUGCAGAUACUCACAACGGUAAGGAUUUACCAUCUUGGCGAGGUGAAUUGUACUUGGAGUAUCACAGGGGAACUUAUACGACGCAGGCCAAAGUAAAAAGCUUGAUGCGGACAUCUGAGAUGCUUAUCAGAGACGUGGAAAUUUUAGCCACCGCCGCCUCUGUUAAUAGUGAUUACAAGUAUCCGCACGCCAAGAUUGAAAAUCUUUGGGCAGAUAUCUGUUUGUGCCAGUUUCAUGACGUCCUUCCCGGUUCUUGCAUUGAGGAAGUGUAUCAUAACGAUGUUUGGCCGUUGCUUACUAAAGUGAUUGAAAAUGAGAAGGGUCUACUCAAAGAAAUCCUCAAAGUCAUUGGGGUGGAAGAGGAUACUGCCAGUACCAGUGCAGUCUUCAAUUCUCUUGUCACAGUAAACACUUUGCCUUGGCAUAGGACGUACGUUGUGCCUGUGAAUACAAUUCCCUCCCAGUUGAAAGUGUUUGCUCAGAAUGACAAGUAUUUGAUGUUUUCUGGUGCCACCUUCAUGAGACCACUUACUGCCAAACCAAAAUUUCCUUCGAAGGCUUGGAAGACUAAAGAGGACCUGUUUGUAUUGGAGAAUUCUCAGUUGAAAGCUACAAUUGAUUCCAACGGUGUGGUCUGUAGUUUGAUUGACAUCGCUACCCAUCGUGAAAUCAUUGAUACUUCCCGGUUCAAGGGUGCCAAUCAAUUUGUCAUGUACUCUGACACACCUUUGAAUUUCCAGGCAUGGGACACAGAAUUAUUCUCACUAGGUAAAUACAAGCUUAUUGAAAAGGCUGCCAGUAUCAGAAUUUUGGAAUCGGGACCUUUGCUUUCUUCUUUGGAAGUGGUCCAUCAUCUUUCGGAAAGAAGUACUAUCAAGACUACAAUAUCUUUGGCAGCUGCUAACGAUCUCUCUACACCAUCACUCUUGAGAUUCGAUAGCGAGGUUGAAUGGGAUGAAACCUACAAAUUCCUCAAGGUGCAAUUCCCUGUGAACAUCACUGAGGAGUUUGCCAAUUAUGAAACUCAAUUUGGUAUUACUAAGAGACCAACUCAUUACAAUACUACAUGGGACACUGCAAAAUUUGAAUGUUGCUGUCACAAGUUUAUUGAUUUUUCUGACUUUAACUAUGGUGUGUCAUUGUUGAAUAACAACAAAUAUGGUGGAAAUGUUCACACAAAUGUUAUGACAUUAUCGUUACUCAGAGCACCUAAAUAUCCAGAUCCAACAGCAGAUAUCGGUAAGCACACCUUCAGCUACGCAUUGAUGCCACAUUCGGGUAAUUUGAGUUACCAGACUGUUCGGGCUGGAUGGGAGUUCAACGAUAGGUUGGACCACUCUUUCGGCUCAUUGGACCAGCAGAUUGUUUCUGGCGUGUCCGAGCUCGUCACCAUCCAAGGCGAUAAUAACCUUAUUUUAUCUAACGUUAAGAGAGGUGAAGAUGACUUCGACACUGAUAGUGAGGGCAGCCUCACGAAUAACAUCCCGAAGAAGUAUAUUUCUUCUCAAACUUUAAUUCUUAGAGUUUACGAAGCUUUAGGUGGUGUCUCCAAGGCCACUAUUAAGGUCGCCAAGCCUAUAAAAGAGGUUUUCAAGACCAACCUUUUGGAGGAUACUAUCAGUGCAGUGAAUUUUGAUUCGAAGACUGACACCUUUGAGAUAUCUUCAAGAGCGUUUGAAAUAUCUACAUACAGGGUCGUUUUGGCCUAA